GGCCGCCGUCUUUGUUCCAGUCGAACAUUUUUCAAGGUGACACAAAACAAUCGCAGCAGUACAUGGAUGUGAAGCAGGGAGGACUUAAUAGCCAGGCCUCAGAGUUGAAAACCGUUAGUCUGUAAUGUGUCCGGGGUCGGUGUCUGUGUGUGGCAAACAUUAAUACGAGCUUCACCUUCAACACGCUAAGGUUCAGGGUUUGGUCGUAGACACCGCUGGCGCCCGACUAUAUUGUGUCGCAGCUAACGUCAAGUUAGCUAGGAUGCUAACAGGAUGCUCAACCCAUCAGCCGGGUUACCAGAUGACCGAAAAUCCAUGUACAGCCAGUCACAAAACAAUGUGUACAAAACUGGCGAUAAAACCAGCCCCAUUAGCGUCAUACUGGUUAGCUCUGGCAGCCGAGGGAACAAGCUACUCUUUCGAUACCCUUUCCAAAGAGUGUCUGAAUGUCCGUCGUCUCUUACAGCAAAACAACGAAGUCCAUAUGCACUGAACACAACCGGGGAUGGUCUUGAAGAUCAGGAUGGUGAUUCAAGAGAACAAUCUCCACUAACUGACGAACAGUUGGUAGCAGGGUUCUCUGACAUCAUCCUCGCGACCAUCCUGGCCACCAAAUCUGAUAUGUGUGGGAAGAAGUUUGAACUGAAGAUAGACAAUGUUCGAUUUGUGGGUCACCCUACUCUCCUUCAGCAUCCUCCAAUCCUUCAGGUUUCUAAAACAGAUCCUUCACCUAAGAGAGAGAUGCCCACGAUGAUCUUGUUUAAUGUGGUGUUUGCACUAAGGGCGAACGCUGACCCCUCCGUCAUCAGCUGCAUGCACAACCUGUCUCGCCGCAUCGCUAUAGCUCUGCAGCAUGAGGAGCGGCGCUGCCAGUACCUGACCAGAGAGGCCAAACUGAUGCUGUCCGUCCAGGAUGAGAUCACCACCAUGACUGAGACGGAUGGAAGCCCCCAGUCCCCAUUUAGACAAAUUCUUCCCAAAUGUAAGCUAGCCAGGGACCUGAAGGAGGCUUAUGACAGCCUUUGUACAACUGGUGUGGUGCGACUACAUAUUAACAACUGGCUGGAAGUGAGUUUCUGUUUACCACACAAGAUCCACAGGAUUGGUGGCAAUUAUAUCCCCCCAGAUGCAUUAGAGCGCAGCCUUAAGGCUAUAAGACCCUAUCAUGCCCUGUUGCUGCUGGAAAGUGAGAAGGCACUGCUGAGCCAGCUUCCCCUCGACUGCUCGCCUGCGAUGGUGCGCCUCAUCAAGACCUGCUCAGCAGUGAAAAACCUUCAGCAGCUCGCACAGGACGCUGACCUGGCCUUACUUCAGAUCUUUCAAAUUGCUGCCCACUUGGUUUAUUGGGGCAAGGCGAUCAUCAUCUACCCACUGUGCGAGAACAACGUGUACAUGCUGUCUCCUCAUGCCAACAUCUGCCUAUACUCACCACUGGCUGAGCACUUUGCCCAGCAGUUUCCUGGUCAUGAUAUGCCCACUAUGUUGGCCAAGUUCUCACUACCUGUGUCACUGGCCGAGUUCAGAAACCCCCUGGAAGCCCCUGCACAGGAGGCCCAGCUGAUCCAGAUGGUGGUGUGGAUGCUCCAGCGCCGCCUGCUGAUCCAGCUGCACACUUAUGUUUGCCUGUUGGUACCGCCGAGCGAGGAUGAGCCGGGGUUGAGGGAUGAAGACCCUCCACUGGCUGCCAGAGUAGGAGGCCGCAGUCUCAGCACCCCUAGUGCUCUCAGCUUCGGUUCGCCAACAAGCAGUGAUGACAUGACCCUCACCAGUCCCAGUAUGGACAACUCCAGUGCAGAGCUGCUGCCUGGUGGAGACUCUCCCCUCAACAAGAGGAUGACGGAGACCCUGCUUGCCAGCCUGUCAGAGCACGAGAGGCAGGUCAUUCUUAACAUCCCUGCUGCACAAAAUCCAGAGGAUCUGCGGAUGUUUGCCAGGGAGUUAGAUCAACAGAUGGGAAGAGCUUUAGUGAGGAUCCAAUGACUCAUUUUGUUAUGAAUCACUUUUAUUUCUCAUAGGAAAUAAAAAGAUAUUUGUGCAAUGGUUUGGAAAAUAAAAGUUACGCAUUCACAGAAUAUUGAGACAUUUAUUUGGAACUACUGGCUGGAGAGUUGAGAUAAUUUGCCAGCUGUUAGCAGAGAGUAUAAUGAAAAUAAAAUGUGUCUAGAAAGCUCUCCAAUCAGGGAAUCAGUGUUACCUACUGCAUAGAAAUGGAAAAUGUCAUCAGAGCUGUGAAAGUCAUGUCUCACGGUUGAUUUACACAGCUAAUGAUCCAAUGAAACUCUCAACCCAUUUUCCUGCCUGUUAUGUU